GGUCCCUCCAUCUGGAUACGUUUUCCAGCAGCGUCAUUGUACGCGCGACGAAAAUCUAUAUUAAAAUGGAGGAGAAGAGUCAGGCCGCGGAGCGAGAAAUCAAGAAGGAUGAAGCCCACGAGAAGGACGCGCGAAACAAGAGCUCCAAAAAGAGAGAAGCUCGGAAAAAAAAGAAAGAGGUGCAUGCAACUAGUGAAAAUCAUAAUAAUAACAAGGAGGAAAAGGAAAUGUCUAGCGCGUGCAAUAUCUCCAUAAAAGAUAUUCAGAUGGCGAUGGAGGUAUUUAAUCUGCAACAAAAGCCUGCCAAAACUCAGGAGGAAGCAAUGCAGAAGCCUUAUCAAUUUUGGAGUACACAACCUGUACCAAAAAUGGAUGAAAAAAUUGUGCGCAAUGAGCCAAUUGAACCUGAUAAGACAUCUGUUAGAGCAGAGCCAUACUCGCUACCUGCUGAUUUUCAAUGGGAUACCUUGAAUCUAGAUGAUCCUUUGGUCUUAUCAGAACUGUACACAUUACUCUCGGAAAAUUACGUCGAAGAUGAUGAUGCCAUGUUUAGAUUUGAUUAUCCUCCCAAUUUUCUAAAAUGGGCACUGCAACCUCCUGGCUGGUGCAAGGAAUGGCAUUGCGGUGUGCGAGUGAGCAAGAGCGGACGUCUAGUCGGUUUUAUUUCCGCUAUUCCAGCCACUCUGCGCGUCUACAGUCAUUCUCAAAAGAUGGUGGAAAUUAAUUUUUUAUGUGUGCAUAAGAAACUGCGAUCAAAAAGAGUGGCACCUGUAUUGAUACGUGAGAUUACAAGGAGAGUGAAUCUGAAAGGCAUCUUUCAAGCUGUGUAUACUGCCGGUGUUGUUUUACCAAAACCUAUCGCGACAUGCAGGUAUUGGCAUCGAUCAUUAAAUCCAAAGAAGUUAAUUGACAUUAAGUUCUCUCAUCUCACUCGUAACAUGACGAUGCAGAGGACUUUAAAGCUAUAUAAACUGCCAGAGACCACAAAAGUACCAGGUUUCAGAAAGUUGGUUUAUACAGAUAUACCACAAGCACACAAGAUAUUAACAGAAUAUCUGGAGAAAUUUGACCUCGCUCCGAUAUUCUCGGUCGAAGAAUUUGAACAUUGGUUCCUGCCACAAGCUGGUAUUAUUAACAGUUUUGUAGUAGAAAAGGAGGGAAAAAUUACCGAUAUGGUGAGUUACUAUACAUUGCCGAGCUCCAUUAUGCAUCAUCAGACACACAAGACGCUCAAGGCCGCGUACAGUUUCUACAAUGUGUCUACCACAACGCCGUGGCUGGAACUAAUGAUGGAUGCCUUAAUAUCUGCGCGUGACUUGGGUUUUGACGUAUUCAAUGCGCUGGAUCUUAUGGAUAACAAGGAAUUUCUAGAACCCCUCAAAUUCGGAAUCGGCGAUGGCAAUCUCCAAUAUUAUUUAUAUAAUUGGCGUUGUCCCAGUAUGACACCCGGCAAAAUCGGUCUUGUGCUCCAGUAGACCCCUAGUUCAGGGAAUUGUUUAGAAAAAGAAAGGAAGAAGAUCUUUUGCAUGUGCAAUCUCGCGAAAGAGAUAACGAUUAAAUACAAGCGAACGAGAGACGUACAGCAACGCGGUAAAGACGUUAAAACGUUAAAGCGUUAAACGAGAACGAGUGCGAUCUCGAUCUUUCUUACUAGGAAAUAUAUAACGUAUCUGUGGCAAUUGAAAGGAAUGUAAGUUUUCUUGUAGGAUCGGUGACCAAAUGGAUAACUCAAUCCCUCGAAAAUCGCUCUUGUUUUCGUCAUUGGCGUCUCUGAAGAUUCUAGAUUGAAUUACACGUGAUCGGGACUACUAUGAAAAUUGUGCAUUGUACAGCGCACGUGUAUAUACGUAUUUACGUAACUCGAGCAAAUGUAGAUAAACAUUAUUAACACAAUUAAUAGCGAGCGGAAAGGCAUCUCUUAAUUGUCUCGAAUUUUCGAUUUUCGAUUUUCAAUCAUGUAAACCUUUAGACGCCAGAUAACUAUCUUUAUCCGUUUUUCCUUUACAUCUUCUCAGCUAAUUAGAUGAGAACGUAUGCCGAAGUAUGAGUGACAGACGAGUUAAAAAUAAAAUGACAUUUAUUGAAAA